AUGUCCACUAGUGGUGUUUUACACAGUGAUGCCGAUAUCCGGCGCGAGAUUGCCGAAAAAAGCAAUCUUUGGCUUGAUGUCGCCCAAAGCUGGCUUUCGGCACCGUUUGAGAAAGAUAGAUUGACACUAAAGGGCAUUCAGAUAUAUUGUCUGUUGCUUCUUGCCCGUCAGGUACACCGGAAAGGAGCAGACCUGAUAUGGAUAUCCAUGGGCUCAUUAACGAGAAUGGCCAUGCAAAUGGGGCUGCAUCAAGAUCCCAGUAGUCUGGGCAAUAUGAGCCUUUGGCAGACAGAGAUCCGAAGAAGACUGUGGUAUACCGUUCUAGAGAUGAACAUUCAGGCAGCUUUAGACUCGGGAAUGACCCCAAUGAUUAAUGAGAGCGAUUAUAACACUCUUCCACCUUCCAUAAUUGGGGACACAGACCUAGAUGCUGUGUCGAACGAGAUCUGCAGAGACACAACGCCACCAAGAACCCAAAGGUCGUUCCAGUACCUCUUGGCUAGCUCUUUCUCUCUCAGACUGAGAGCCGCAAGAGUCAUAAACAGCCUACAGGAAGAGCCAUCCUAUGAUCAAGUUCUAAAGCUGAGCCAGGAGCUGGCUUUUACUUGUCGUGCAGCUGUUGAAGAGACCGCCCACAGUGUUUCCGGAGAUCAACCCGCUCUAGGAAGCCAAUUUGCCUACAGCUUUUGCAGUCAUCUUCUGAAUCGAUUUCUCCUGUGCCUUCACUUCAGAUACGCGAUUCAGGCUACAAAAAACCCUAUAUAUGCGCACUCACAUAGAGUCUGUCUGGAUGUUGCCCUAGAUAUGGUAUCACUUCUCGAUGAUGAGCUCUACGGCCGACUUCUCGUCAACGGAGGUGGCAUGUUUCGCGAUAUCAUCACACGCGGCGCAAUGGUGAUUCAUCUGGAACUAAAUGCAGAAAAAGAGACAAAUAUCUCUAUUUUGGCCAAGGAAAGAGCUCGCGCUCGACAAGAGCCUUUGCUGAAAGACGCCCGUCGAGUGGUUCAAUAUGCAAAGGACAGACUGUGUCUGGGAGAAACGAAUGUGAAGGGCUAUAUAUUUCUUAGAAUGGCAACAGCUCAAACUGAAGCCAUGCUUGACGGCUUACCAGUUGAGCAAGCUAUGAGAGUUGCUACACUCGAGAGCUUGGAAGAGUGCGAAACCAUUUUGAAUGGAAUGUCGGCAAACUUGAGAAAAGAUAGCGUGAAAUGUUCCUUCGAGGCUUGGGGAUACAACGGAGACAUGUCUUCGCCGGUCUUAGACGACAACUUUGAUUUCUUCGCUAACGAUGGCUUCGACUAUGAAGGUUUGGAUUCUUUUUAUUUCCAGAAUUUGGAGGAUUUGUCACGUUUCUAG